GCCUACAAAAACUCUGGAUUUAACUCUACUUAAAGGAAUUAUUAAUUUUUUUUCUGGGAUUCCUGCCCCCUACGAGGGUCUCCAUUUGCAUUAAAGUUUUUCCUGCAAUUAAUUCUUUCAUUGGGAUUUAGAACUAUGGGUUUUGUUAAAAGAUGAAAAUGAAGAGGUCAUGUGGCGGCUUUAAGGUUAAAAAUUUUCACCAAUAGUAUUUUUUAAGUGUAUUUCUUUAUUCAUGAUUACAAAGUAUAUUUUAUUUGUUGGUUAUGAAAUAAUUGAGGGGCAGUUUAUUUUAUUUUUUUUUAUUUUUUUAUUUUUCAUAGUAGGAUGUCUAUUUUGGAUGUAUUUUUUUACAUCCAUAAUGCAUUGACCCACUUGAGCUAGAGAGAGAUAAAGCAGAGGGAAGAAAGAGGUAAAGAGAAAGAGAAUUAAGAAUAUAUGAGAUAAAUGAGAAACUAUGAUAAUGGCUAUAUGGAAGGGUCAUCAUCACCUCUAUAUCUGAGCUUCCAUUUCUAAACAAUAUAUAUAUACACACAUAUAUAUUUCUAUGAUCUUUCUUCCUAGGUUUGUAUUUUCAUGGCAGACCAUGUUGGCCUUUUAACACAACAAAGUUUGAGAUGAGCAGCUCUUUGGCAAUUACCUCUUCUCAUCACCAUCAUCAUCAGCUCUUUCUUUGUUCUUGUGCUUCAUCAUCAAUCCUUCCACUAAGAAAAAGUCUUUAUUCUUGUUGAUUCUUUAACAACAUAUUAGUUUCAACUUGUUCCUAUAACUGUUGCAGAAUCAGCAUCAACUUUUGAUCAGUAUCUCAGAAGCUGGUGGGCAAGACAAGUAUACACAAAGGACCAAAAAGAAGAUUAAAAGAAGAGAAAGAAAAACUGGUUUUCAUGGCUAGAGAAUCGUGUGAAGAUAAAUCAAGGAAUAUUGUGUCAUCCACUGGAUUUUGCUACUCAGAUGUUUCAUCUGGUAACUCAACCAUGCAAACCCAUCUGGUGAAUCAGAUCCAAGGCUUUGAAUCCAACCCAGAGAUCUUCAACUUAACAACAGGCAUGGAGAUGAUAGGGUUUGCCAAGAACCUACAUCAACAACAAGGUGACACCAACAACAUGAUCAUGUGGAAAGGGUUCUCCAACAAACAUGGAAACAACCCAGGAGCAGCAGGCCCUUCUUCUUCUUCUUCCAAGCCAAUCAAUGAGUCAACCACUGAUUUCUAUCAACAUGAAUUCCACAAACCUGAGUUCACAACUGGGAUAUCUGAAACCAGUACUGGGAAUCUAAUAGUUGGACCUGAAUCAGCUCCAUGGCAAGAAAACAGGUUGCUUGUUGAUGAUUCUUCUUUUAGGUGUGUGUUCCCUUGUGAAGGGAACGAGAGACCAAGUCAAGGUCUUUCACUCUCUCUUUCAUCAAGUAAUCCUACUAGUAUCGGGUUACAGUCUUUUGAACUAAGACAAACAAGCCAUAGUAACCAUGAUGACCAGCCAGAUGAUAUGAGGUUUAUUGGUUCAAGUUCAAGAGAUGGGUUCUUUGGGAAGCCGGCAAUUGUUCAACAACAUCAAGCUCAGUUCCAAAUAAGGGGUUCCAGGUACUUGAAUGCUGCUCAAGAACUUUUGAAUGAAUUUUGCAGCUUGGGAGCAAAGCAAUUGGAUACAUCAAAGCAAAAGCAAACCCAAAAGACCACCAAACAGUGGGAUGAUGAUGAUGGAGGAGCUAGCUCUUCAAGGAAGCAAUCACUAUAUUCCCUCGAUUUCACUGAGUUACAGAGAAGAAAAACCAAGAUGCUUUCAAUGCUGGAAGAGGUGGAUAGAAGAUAUAAGAUCUACUGUGAUCAAAUGAAAGCCGUAGUAUCAUCGUUCGAAGCAGUGGCUGGUACUGGGGCAGCAUCAGUGUAUUCAGCUUUAGCCUCUAAAGCCAUGUCAAGACAUUUUAGAUGCUUAAGAGACGGGAUUGCGAGUCAGAUUCAAGCUACAAGGAAAGCCAUGGGAGAAAAAGACACGGUUGCACCAGGCACAACGAAAGGCGAAACACCAAGGCUAAGGAUACUCGACCAAGCUUUAAGGCAACAAAGGGCAUUUCAACAGAUGAGCAUGAUGGAGAGUCAUCCGUGGAGACCCCAAAGAGGCUUACCAGAAAGAUCUGUUUCAGUUCUUCGAGCUUGGCUGUUUGAACAUUUCCUUCAUCCGUACCCUAGCGAUGUUGAUAAACAUAUCUUAGCCCGCCAAACCGGCCUCUCAAGAAGCCAGGUAUCGAAUUGGUUCAUCAAUGCCAGGGUGAGGCUAUGGAAACCAAUGGUGGAGGAAAUGUACUUGGAAGAAACAAAGGAGCACGAAAACAACAUGGAUUCCUCAGAUAAUGGAGGUACUGAUGGUGGUGAUGAUAAUAACAAUAAUGGCCGGUUAAAUAUUCCACUGGCUGAUCAGAAACCCACCCCGGACCAGCUCGUUCGAGUUGACUCGGAGUGUCUAUCUUCCAUUAUCACUACUAACCCGGAAAAAAACGAUGGGAAAAGUGGUACCAAAACCCUUGAAAACCAGCACUUGCAUCAUCAUCAUCAUCAUCAUCAACAACAAAGUUUCGGAACCUAUGGUGCCACUGCCAUGGAACUGGACUUCGCUUCCUACGGUGAUCACACGGCGGGUGGUGGGGUACCUUAUCAUAACGCUAAUCAAAGCUUCAAUGGUGGAGGAGGUGUGUCAUUGACAUUAGGGUUGCAACAACAUGGUGGGAGUGGCGUGAGCUUAGCUUUCUCGCCCGCAACACAAACGUCACUUUUUUACCCUAGAGACCACAUAGAAGAUUGUCAGCCAGUUCAGUACUCACUUUUAGACAACGAGGGACAACAUUUGCCUUACAGGAACUUGAUGGGGGCACAAUUGCUUCAUGAUUUGGCCGGAUAGCAAAGCAAAAGAAGAUAAAAAAAGGUCAAAAUCGAUAUGUUGGUGGGGUUCAUUAGAGCUCUCAUCAAAUGAUGAAAAUGGCAGUAGAUAAAGUAGUUUAGAGGUGGCAUAUAUAAAUACUGAAAUACAUAUAUAUACAUAUUGCUACACUUUGUUCAACGGUAAGAACAAGUUUAUUUAACCUGCAAAGGCUUAAUUUGGGAUAUGCCAGUUCAAUGCAAGGUUACACAUAUAUAUUUAUUUUCCUCUUUUGAGUGGGAAUAUUAUGUUUUAAUUUGCAGAAA